AUGGCCGCCGCCGUCCCUGCCGCCGCCUCGUCCUUCCUAGACGCACUGCGCACGCUCCCGUCCCUCCUCGCCGCCGAGCGAACCCUCAACCCCCUCACCUUGCUCUUCUCGCCCAACACCACAUCAGCGCUGCACGUGCCCCUCGGCCUCAGUCUCGCGCUCAUCCCCACGUCCUUCCUCCUCACCCAUGUCUCGGGCAACGUCGGCUGGGUCGACAGGGUGUACACGACGCUGCCGGUUGUCAGCAGUGCCGCGAUCGCGGCCUGGGCGCUCGUGAACCCCAACGCGGAGGCGUUCGGCGCCAGCCUGCCCCGCCUCUGGAUCAUGCUCGCCCUCCAGGUCCUCUGGUCGGCCCGGCUCACAUGGCACACUGCGCGCCGAGGCCUGUACGACCUCACGGCAGAGGACUACCGCUACGCGACGCUCCGCAAGAUCCUCCCCAAGUGGGCCUUUGAGCUCAUCCACAUCUUCGCCGUGGCCAUCCCCCAGCCCAUCCUCAUCUUCGCCCUCAGCAUCCCCGUCGCGGCAGCGCUGCAGCCGGCAGCCAACCUCUCCGCCGGGCCGGGGGGCUACGCGCUCCCUCUGUCCGCGGUGUCGUUCCUCGUGCCCGCGCACCGCAGCGCGCCGGGCUCGACCCCCGCACUGCACCUCCUCGACGGCUUCUUCGCCCUCGCCGGCCUCGGCAUCAUCGCGCUCCAGGCUGCCGGAGACAACGCAAUGUACCGCUUCCAGGAGGCCAAGCACGCCGCCAUGCGCGGCAGCGAGCAGAAGCUCGACGCGCGCGGCAUCCCGCUGCCUAUCGACGUGCCGGCCGGCUUCUGGCCCGGGUUCCCCACAAAGGGGCUGCACGCGCUCAUCCGCCACCCCAACUUUGUCGCCGAGCAGCUCUUCUGGCUCAACCAGGGCCUGUUUGCGGUCUUUGCGAGCGUGCACCCGCCCGCGCAGGCGUGCCUCGGCCCUGCCUUCUUCCUCUCGCUCCUCUUCUGCGCCAGCACCCGCCUGACAGAGUGGAUCACGACGCAAAAGUACCCCGCCUACAGCGUGUACCAGCGCCUCGUGGGCAUGUUCCUCCCGCAGGAGACGGCGAUCAAGUGGAUCUGGACGACGCUGAAUGGCACACGGGCAGAGUUGCAGCAUGAGCUGACCACGCCACCGGCCAAGCCCGCCAGCGCGGCUGCGGAGUGA